AUGCAACAACACAGUGUAUGUGUUUUUCUUGUACUGCUAUUUAUUGGUAAAUAUCAAGCUCAAGAGACGGCAGCACCGCCCGAUUGGAAUGGAGACCCAAAGCUGUGUACAAUUAGUCCACCAGUCACGCCUUCUCCACUGCCUCCACCACCGAUGCCUAAGUUUCCCAGGCAAGCUGAAUUUGCUCUAGAACGAGUCGAAAUAAAGAAUUUGCCAACAUUCAAUUUUACUGCACCGAGUGAAUUAACUCUCACUGAAUAUCUUUACGAUUACGAUGCAAAUAAACUAAUUAUAGUUAAAAAUAAAAACGGUUUUAUUGAUGCCGAAUAUUUCUACUAUGAUAAACUAAAGAAAUCAACGUAUAUUGGAACCGAUUAUUGUGUUGUGUCAAAUAUUACAGUCAAUCAGGAUAUGGAUGGUGCAUCCGCAAUACAAAUCGCACCUAGUACUGAAUGGCAUGUUCGUCCGAUGAAUGAAUUUCUUUUAUUUUCAAGCGAAGAUCCUAGUCGACGAAUAACACCGGUUUAUCUUGGUACAGAUAUAGCUCGUGGAAUUCCAGUUCACAAAUGGCAAAGUUGUUAUAUCAAUAAAACAGAUUUUCGAACUGUACGACGUAUAUGGUAUUUUGCUCAAGAAACUGUUAAAUUACCAGGUAGCACAAAUGAUAAUUACACCACUCCUGUUCAAGCAUUAAUUAGUGCUUCAUAUGACUUUCCUAAUGGCACACAAGCAGCGGAAUUCGAUGAAGUAUUUAAUGUUUAUUCAUUUCGACCAGGCAUUAUAGAGUCAGCUGCUGCAUUAUCACCACCAAAAGGUGUAUUUUGUUCCAGUGGUCCCGGUCAAGAAUUAAUAUCACUUAAAGAUGUAGGUGUUGAGUGGCCAAAUCAUUUUAGUGUUCGUGUUGAUGCUUCAACAUCACGCUCUGCUAGAUGGCAACGAUUUCAUAUACGCUAUAAUCAAGGUCGUGACGGUGAAGCAAGACGUUUACGUUAUGAUUAUAUGCCACCUGGCUCCGAGGAUUUUGAAUCAGUUAUUCAUGAUUAUAGUGAUAAUUUAACCUAUACUAUUGACCGUCGUGUUGGUAGCUGUAAAAUCAGCGCAGGUGUGAGAACAUCACCUGUUAGUGCAAUCAGUGAUCCAAUUCUUUUUUUUAUUAUACACGAAGCUAGAUUUAUAUUUAGUCCGCCUGAAAAGGCUUGGGAAUAUAAUGGAUUACGACCGUGUCGUGGCAAUGCUAUCAAAUGUACAAUAUUAACAACAUCUGUUGAUAAUUUCCCUGCUAUAGUUGAUCCAGAUAAUGGUAUGACAACAGGUGAAACAUGGGCAGUAACCAACAUGGAAUAUGGAUGGUCAAUACGUGCUCCAUUUGCUACUGCAACACCUGAUCGACCAAAAGGAUUCGAUUAUCCAGUAAGCUUAUAUUUAAAAUCAUUUCGAUUUCCAGAUCCGAGUAAUCCAUCACCAUUGACUAUUCGUACCGAAGAUGUCGAAUAUGAAUUUUAUGAAAUGUCUCAUGAACGAUAUCCAGAUGAUUUCGAUACAAGUUUAUGUUAUCGCUCACUUGGCUAUCCGUAUUCACAUCUUGUUUUUACUCUCAAUCUUAACAAAGGUAAUACCAUCGAUAGUAACAAUUUAAAUAGACUUAGAUUAAUUGGACAAGUAUACUUCAAUUUGAUAAAUGCAACGCAAAUAAAAUAUUCACGUCUUGCUGAUUUGGAUAUUGAUCAUGAACGUGUUAGUAAUGAUGUAAGCGUAUUUUUUACUAUUCUCGGUCAAACAGUAAUACCAGGACCAACUCCUACUUUUAAUACUAACGAACCAACAGUCGAAGCAGCACGUGAUUCUUUAACACGAGCUAUUGACAGUGGAAAAUUUAAGUUCGAUGUGAUAUUAGAUGAUGGUUCUAGCGUAACAUUUACAGCUAAAUCUAAAUCAUUGGUAACUUCAAGACAUUAUAUAUCAACACAUUCAGUUGGAGCAGUAGUUACUAAAGAAUCGUAUUCAAGUGGUGCACAAACUGCAGCUAUUAUUGUUGGAUUACUUAUUGGUCUUCUUGCAGGCAUUGCUGCAGCAGCAGGUAUUCGAAUUAUAACGAAAAAACCGAUGCCAUCUAUGCCAUCAUCAAUGGCGAAUCCUCUAUCAAGUGUUAAUUUCAAAUCAAGAGGAUCAGCCGGUGCUUCAUCAACUGCAUCAAGUGCUUAA